UCCACCUCCUCCUCCUCCCUCUUUCUCCGCGAGAGAGAGGCCGAGCAGCGACCGCGGCGGCGCUCUCCCCCCUCCCGCCGCCUCCACCCACCCCGUGCUCGCCGGCGGGGCGAAGCCUCCGGUGACAAUCCCCGAUCCGAUCGCCGCGCUCCUCUCCUCUACCCCCAUCCCCUCCUCCUCCGACGCCUCCGCCCGCCCGCCGCCGUACCCGUACCAACCGGAAAGCGCAGCUGAUCCGGUACGAAACCCUAGCUGAUCCCCGAUCUGGUGCGCGCGCGAGCGCGCGAGAUCUUCUGGUGGGUUUGCGGUUGGUGAUUGGCCUCUCUCUCUCUUUUACCCUAGUCGAUCUCCCCGUUCGUCCCCUUGACCUCGAGUUCGACCGCCGCGCGCCGAUCUCCAAUCCCGCGCGAGCAGCGGGCGUCUGUGCUUCCGCGCGGAAUCCUCCCGCGCCGGUGACCAUCCAUGGAUCUCAAGGAUAGCCUCUCCAAAUUUAAGCAGCAGCAAGAGAGGUGCCAAUCAUCUUUGGCCAGCAUAGCUGCAUCGACCUCAAAACCAAAGCACAGGGCCCAACCGGUUAAUGCUCCAUCCGCUCCAGCAAGGCCACUACAACCUAUUAAGUUUUCAAAUGAUACAGAAAGGCUACAACACAUCAAUUCAGUUAGGAAAUCUCCUAUUGGAGCACAGAUCAAACUUGUCAUUGAAUUGCUGUACAAGACAAGACAAGCUUUUACUGCGGAGCAAAUAAAUGAAACAACUUAUGUUGAUAUCCAUGGGAAUAAGUCUGUCUUUGACAGUCUGAGGAACAAUCCUAAAGUACAUUAUGAUGGGAGACGUUUCUCUUACAAGUCCAAGCAUGAUUUGAAGGGAAAAGAUCAACUACUUGUUUUGGUAAGAAAGUAUCCGGAGGGUCUUGCUGUGGUGGAAGUCAAGGAUGCGUACCCAACUGUAAUGGAAGAUUUGCAGGCACUGAAGGCAGCAGGUGAAGUUUGGCUGUUAUCGAACAUGGAUUCCCAGGAGGACAUUGUGUAUCCUAACGACCCAAAGGCAAAGAUCAAGGUCGACGAUGACCUGAAGCAGCUCUUCCGGGAGAUGGAGUUACCGCGGGACAUGGUGGAUAUCGAGAAGGAGCUCCAGAAGAAUGGCAUCAAGCCCAUGACCAACACAGCUAAACGGCGGGCUGCAGCACAGAUCAAUGGGGUGCAGCCCAAGGCUAAGCCUAAGAAGAAGCAGCGUGAGAUCACACGCCGGACCAAGCUCACGAACGCCCAUCUGCCUGAGCUGUUCCAGAACCUCAACACUUGAUUGCUCUACGCUUAUUCGACGUCAAGUGGAGAUAUUUAUUUCUGUCCUCACUCUACCUACUGCAAUGCUUUAUAUACCUGCUACCCUUAUUGUGUAUGUUAUAAAUGUAAUUCCGGCCUCCGGGAGCAUAAUCUGAGACGGUCAGCUUUGUAAAACAUAAAUCAAUUCAAGAGCUUGAGAUGGCAUACCUUCGCCUGUCAA